AUGUCUGUGACAGAUCUUCUGGCAAAGUGGUCCAGUAAGUAUGAAAUCCAAAAAGAAACAUUUGAUGAUAUCCAAUGCGCCAUUGAUCAAAGGCUGAAACCUUUCUACGAGUUUGAACUCAAUGAGGCCAGGGAGGUGGUAGAAAAGAUUUUCACGCGAGAUGACGAUGGUGAGUUUGAUGGAGAAAUUCGAGAACUGGUUGUUCCCUGUGAUCACGUUCCUACCGGAGUGCCAGUCACAGUCUUCAAGCCACGUGACUGUCCCGAAGUUCCCGGGAUUUUUCUUUACUUCCAUGGAGGUGGUCUUAUUGCCAUGAAGAGUUCAAUAUAUAAUUACGUUGUCAGGUCCAUCGCGAUGAAGUCAAAAUGUAUCGCUGUAAAUGUGGAUUAUCGCCUCUUGCCUUGUCCAGAAGACACCAUGGCCCCGUUCAACGAUGGUGUAGCUGUGACUAAGUGGGUGCUGAAAAACAAGGAAAAAAUCGGUGGCGCCCCGGGGAGCAAAGUCGGCGUGGGUGGAGACAGCGCCGGUGGUCAGCUUACCAUCAGCGUAACGCACAGCGUCAAAAGUCUAGACUUCCUAAUUCUUAUCUACCCAGUCACUGACAUUUCCUUUGACUGGCCAUCUUUUGAUGAGUUUCGGGAAUUCCCAGCAUUCAAUACCAAAGGAAUGGAAUACACGUUUGAUCAAUACAUCUCUUACAUUCCCGACGCCACCAGCAACCCCCGUGUCAACCCGUUCGCCAGAACUGACCUCAAGUCAUGCCCUCCAACUCUAUUCAUUUUUGCAGAGUUAGAUCCCUUGAGGGACGAGGGUAUAGCAUUUGCCCAAAACCUCCGCGAUGAAGGGGUUAAAGUUGAAGAGAUCAUGUAUAAAGGGUUAAUUCACGGAUUUAUCGGACUCCAGAUGUAUGAUAAGUUCAACCAACAGGCCCACAGAGAUAUCGCCAAAUUUAUCAACUCAGUUAUUCAACUCUGCUAAGUCUUUUUUUUUCCCUGGCUGAUUUAGGCAACCCGCUCCAUGCUCUAAUAGCACAAGUGAUAGAGGAGCACUUGUACGACUUUGUCCUAACACAUGGAAUAAGAAAGGAAUAAAACAGUAUUCUAUUUGAUUUUGGUUUUCUAUUUGUAAGUUAUGGUUCAGUGUUUGAUGUAUUAUCGCUACUUUACCUUUGAGUCUUUUGUCCUGAAGUGUCUCUUCAUUUAGUGAUUUUAAUGAUGAUGUUACUCCAUUGGUUUGUUAUAAAUCUCACUGCUCUGUUUCUUGUCUGUUCUAAUCUUUUUAUGUUCUCUUGAGUUGAGGUUUCCUAGAGGACGCUUAUUCAAAUAUUAAUAUAUAUAUAAUAGAAUAUAACUAAGUUCAAAUUGCAUUUUAAUUCUAUUUACUUGUUUGAUUUAUAAUAAUCGCUUUGUUUGAUUUUUUUAUGACUUUGCCAAUAUGGGGAUCCUAAGAUUAUUUUUCAUUUAUUAUGAAAUUAUAACACAUAAGAAUUUACAGUUUUCAGUCUGCGUAACGGAUUAGCCUUGCGGGCUUUUACUUGAGGUACACCUGUGUUUACUGUUAUUGUGGUUGAUUUAAAGCCGUUUAUUAUUUCCUAUCAGUAAUGGACCAGUAACGCCGAAAUAUUUUUGUUAGCAAGUUAUGAUGGUUAACCUUAUCGAAUGUUUUAGAGAAAUCUAAUAAAAUACUCCGGAUCUGACGUUUUAGGUGGGUUUCAAACGGCCUAAAUUUCCUAGAGCCAUGUUGAAAUGGAGUAUGGUGUACAGACACUAUGUUUACCUAAAUUUGUUUUCUUUUGGAUGUUGCUAAAUAUUACGUGUUCUAGUAACUUUACAUGCGUUGCUGGUGAGAGACACUGGUCUGUAUUUUCAUUUUUUAAUGACAGGAAUAAUUACAUUGUUCUCUUUCCAGUCCAUGAGUAUUCUUCACUAAUUAAGUGUGGCCGAAAAAAAAAUUGAACACUGCUGCUAGCGCGUAGUUGUGUACGUAAUCUAGCUGGGGAUAUUGUCACGUGCAUGUAUUGUUGUUUUUUCGUUAUAAAUUCGUUAAUAGUUGACUCCCUUUUUCUUGUAUACCAAUACCGGCUAUGGUUUCGACUUCGUUUAAGCAAUAUGUCUUUGUAGCUUUGGGCCGAGAAUACAAAGUAUCUAUUUCAAGCGUUUGCUUCAUUUGUAUUAUCAAUAAGCGUCGAGUAAUCUACGGGGCUAUCAGGGGCGGACUGGGAAUCAAAAUCGGCCCGGGCAUUACCAUAUAAACCGGCCCACAAAUGGUAUGUCAUAUCUUGUACCUUGGGCUUAGCCAGAAUUUUUUGGUGUGGGUUUUUUUUUUUCUGUUUGAUUGUGUGUGCAUUGAAAAAAAAAUAUUCUUUGGUCGCGACCAGACAGGCCCAUUCGGUGCCGGCCCUUUGCCCAUAUAGCCAGUCCGCCCCUGGGGCUUCUUCAUACUCUUAGACUCUUAGUAUGACAUUAGAUUUUAUUGGGGUUUUAUUUAUCUCAGCACAGCUUUUUUUUUUUUAAAUCUGGGUUUUCUUUAACUACAUACGGAUAUUCAUUCGUGUGGAUUUAUUUAACGAAACAUAACAACCUAAAUUAAAAAUCCUUUAAAAAAAACAAACAAAGCCUAUCUGAAGGGUAAGAACUCCGCCCUUAAAACUAUAUUUACCUAUAAUGUUCAAAAUAUUUCCCUUAUUCAAUAUCAAACAAAAGAAUUAAUUACUUAUAAUUAAUCGACUAAUUUAGUAUUUUGUUUAGUGAUUCAUGUUUUGCUAGGUACAAUAAAUAAUUGUUUAAAGUAUCAACUUGAUAGAAGAAAGCAUGAGGGAGAAAUAGCGUUAACAAUUAAUAGGAUUAAACACACAAAUUUAGCCAUAUCUGUGAAUACUGAAGUAUUAAUUUCCCUUGUUUCUAUUAAACAAAAUAAUGAAUUACUAGUAA